ACAACCCUUAAAAUGGCGGAAAACGGCUUUAUAAAUCAUCAUAGAGAUAGUCGUAUCAUAGAGAAGAAGAUAUCUAAAGCGGCGAUUUUAUUUAAACUAGAAUCUUGCCCACCUUGGCUGCAAUUUAACAAAUAUAUUCUGGGAAGUUACCGAUGCAAGUUGUCAACGCGCCAAUGUAUAGAGAGCUUGUUCUACGUCCACAACGAAACAUUUAAUAUUUAUUCGCAUGGCAUUCCUGGUGCACUUUUUGUGGUGUUGAUUCCCCUAACAGCAAGUGCGGCAAGUCUGGCUGACCCGCUGUGGUUUUUUCUUCAUUAUUUCUCUUGCUUUGCCCCAUUCUUGGCGAGCCCUAUUUAUCAUUUAUUUAUGUGUCAUCAAAGUGGACAGGAUUCAUACAACCAUCUACUCACUUUGGACGUCUGUGGUAUCUGGGUAAUCAAUGCCUUUGGCGCUUUGUGUGGUAUCCGCGCAACAUUUUACUGCCUUCCAUUUUGGCGGUCUUUGUCUCUUGCAGUAUAUUUGGUGAUAUCCUUGAGGUGUCUGUACUUUAUUCUGAUGGCUAACAGUGCUAAAGAACGUUUCAAACCCUUUGCCGUGUUAGGUGUAACGAGAUACUUCUUUAUUGCUGUUCGUAUAUCAUUUUAUUACUUUAAUGUUACCAAAAGCAGCAUCAGCGCUCUGCCAUAUCACCUGUCAAUGGAUUUAUUAGCUUUCAUUGGUGGAGUAAUCAAUGUUGCUAGGAUACCUGAGAGGUGGUUUCCAGGAAGAUGUGAUAUCAUUGGUAACAGUCAUCAAAUAAUGCAUGUAAUUACAGUGUUAAGUGUUAUUUGUUUACAUAUUGGAUCAGUGCAAGACUUUCAGUGGAUGAGUGAAACUCUUUGUGGAAACUUCUAGAUAUUCUGCUGGAUGUGAGGUAGGUUCUUGCCUGUGUGAUCUUCUGAAGGAACAAGAGUGUGAGAGAGCAGAAACACAACUCAUUUUGUUACAUGCUCCAGACUUAAUAUUUCUGCAUGCAGCUACUCCAAAUCACUUGCACCUUUCAAGCAGAAACUUUGCUAAAAAUGGUAUGGUUUGCAGAGAAAAUUUCGGUCGUCUUGCACUACAAAAAUUUUUUUUCUUGCAAAACACACAAAUCUACUAAUCUGCUUAAUAAAACAACCACAAAAUUUUCAUGAUACUCUGACACAAUGGCUGCAAUUGUAAAGAUUCAGUUAGAAACAUUUUUUUAACACAAACAUUUACAGCGUUGAAAAGGAUUGCGCUUUUGAAUAUUUUAUAGAAAAGGUGCAAUGCAAAUAAUAAAUGUCACUGUUAUUAUUGUUAUAGGAUUGGGGGAUUUGGCCUGCCUUCAGAUUAAGACCAUCAUUUAAAUAAGAUAUAAGAUGUUAUUUAAACACUAGGAUUUUUAAAGUGAGGAAGUAAUUUAUAUUUCUCUUCACCGUGGUUACAAAAUUAAUUUAUAAAAUGAUCUAUUUAAUAUUUGUGUAAUCAUAUGUCUUAUUUGAACUUUUGUUUCAGUUGGUAAAUAGAGGAGUUGUAAUAUAGUCUCUGACAAAUCUAGACCUUCAAGCUGAUUGAAUUUUUCCAUUUUAUUUGUAUCAAGAUCUGUAUCCAUACUGGGGACCUUUGAAAAGCUAGUGAUGCAUGAUUUUUUAUUUUUGUAGAUGCUUGCUAAUUGUAAACAUCAUUUCCACCUCAAAUUUUUUUGGGGUGUUUAAGACAUGUGCAUUGUUAACCAACUGUCAGGUCGAGAUGGCUGGACAUUGGCUGAGUGUUUUUUAUUUUUGCAGUUUUGUUUGUUUUUUUUUUUGUCUCGGUUCAUAAAAAAUGAUCAAAAAGGA